AUGAAGUUCUCCACCCUCAUUGCUGCUGCCUUUGGCGCCGUCGCCGCUGCCGCGCCUGCUCCCGCGCCUGCUCCCGCUACCCUCGAGGAGCGCCGGUCCUUCGACUUUGGCCAGCUCAACAACCUCGUGUUCAGACAGUCCGACUUCAACUACCUUCUCAACAUCAACUCCCUGGAUCUUGGUCUCUUCCAGCAGCUCGGCCGCAACAACAACCUCGACCUCCUCCUCUUCCAGGACAUCUUCAACGUCAACAGCUUCAACCUCAACUCGCUCCUCCAGUUCCAGCAGCUCCAGACCCUUCUGGCUGUUGCUGGCACCGGUGUUCUCAACGGCUUUGACCUGGGCGGCCUGGGUCUCGGCAACCUCAACCUCGGCCUGGUCAACGGCAUCGGCGGCGUUGACCUGCGCCAAUUCGUCAGCUCGUCCUCGAUCCCCCAGAUUGAGAGCAUUGCUAGCGGGGUUUCCACCACCAUCAUUGGUUAA